AUGCUGGGUUAUCAUUUGAUAACCACGUGGCAUAGUACGAGUGAUGACUUUGUUGUUGAACACGAAGGCUCUACCACCUUUGAGCUCUUUCAUGACGACAGUGAUGGCACUGGCCCCACCAUUUCGGAGUUCCUCCCCGGCUCAGGCUUCGACCGCCUACUCGAGCAAUUCGAGCAGAUUGAGAUGAAUGGCAAGGUCAAGAUUGGAAUCAAUGGAUUUGGAAGAAUUGGUCGUUUGGUGGCCAGGGUGGCUCUUCAGAGAGACGAUGUGGAACUCGUUGCUGUUAACGAUCCCUUUAUCACCACUGAUUACAUGACAUACAUGUUUAAAUACGACAGUGUUCACGGACACUGGAAGCAUCACGAUGUCACCGUUAAGGACUCCAGUACCCUUCUCUUCGGUGAUAAGUCAGUCAUUAUUUUCGUCCUCAGGAACCUUGAGGAGAUCCAAUGGGGUGAGACUGGAGCCGAUAUCAUUGUUGAAUCUACUGGAGUUUUCACCGAUAAGGACAAGGUCGCUGUCCAUUUAAAGCUUUCUAUUUACAGCACUAUACAUUUACCUAUUAACUAUUUUCGGCGCCCAUCGUGGAUGUUUCCGUUGUUGACCUCACAAUGA